AUGGCAUCAAACAGAAUCAAUGGCAAAUUCACUCCCAGUGAUAAAGCACACAUUCAGGAGCGUCUCCCCCCAGACUCUACGGCCACCACGCAGCAGCGAUUCCGCGAAUUCGACCUGCAAGGGAAAGUCUUUGUCGUCACCGGAGGUGCUCGUGGACUAGGCCUCGCCAUGGCAGAGGCACUUGUUGAAGCAGGGGCACAAGUCCACUGUGUAGACCGUUUGCCCAAGCCAGAAGAAGAAUUCAUCCAAGCCCAAAAGCGUGCCAAUCCGGAAUUUGGAGGCUCAUUGCAUUACAGUCGCAUCGAUGUCCGGGAUGCCAAAAAUGUAGCCAGCACGUUUAACGAGAUUGGUCAAAUCAACCAGCGAUUCGACGGCCUUUUGGCAGCAGCUGGCAUCAAUCAUGUCGACAGCGCAACACACCAUACACCCGAGGAGAUCUAUGAGAUCUUGAGCAUCAAUUACACGGGAAUCUUCAUCUGUGCCACUGAGGCAGCCAAGCAGAUGAUGAAAUACAGCUCUCGCGGCUCAAUCUUACUAGUUGCCAGCAUCAGUGGGCUGGUCGCUAACAAGGGGAUGCUGUCGCCAGUGUACAAUUCCUCCAAGGCCGCCGUAGUCCAGCUCACGCGCAGUCUAGCCAUGGAAUGGGGCAAAGUGAACGAAAAGGGUGAAGGCGGAAUUCGCGUAAACUGCCUCUGUCCGGGCCACAUAAUCACCCCGAUGGUCGACAAGAUUCUCGAGGAGGAGCCGGAAUCUAAAGAGGUCUGGGAAUCCGAGAACAUGCUCGGCCGUCUGGCUCGUCCAGAGGAGUUCCGAGGUGCUGCACUUUUCUUAUUGAGUGAGGCUAGUAGUUAUAUGACGGGGGCUUCGCUCGUCAUUGACGGCGGCCAUACGGCCUGGUAG